GCCAGAAAUACCUCGACUCACACCUCUAAAUAAGGCUAUUGAGGCUAUUGGAAGAUUGACAGGCAAGAUAUCAGAUUUGUUUGGAUAAAAUGCAUGUUUUUACGUGUUUUUCCUGAUUUCUCGUGGAAAAUCAUAAUGGCAUCAAUUCCCAGUUCACGAUACAAUGAAGUGUACGCGCAAGAGUCGCAGACAACAUCUUCCGACUUGCCGUCUUAUCAGCAAUCGAUGAUGACCUCCAGUCCCCGGACGAGUGAGCCCCAUGCGCCGCCCACCACGACCAUUCACAACCUCGGCGAUCCGCCGACUUACGAGGAAGCCAUAGAUCCCGAUGCGCCGCCGCCCUCUUACGACUCCCUCUUUGGGCGCGUCCGUGAGGUGCACAGAUCAUCGAAGGGCUUCGUGGACUUCCUGAAGAACAUCGUCAUCCUCCUGCUCGGCACCCUGGGUUUCACCGUUAUCCUGGGCGCCACGACAAUUGUGCCAAUCUGUAUGAUAGUCUUCGGCUCCAUCUACCUGUACGACUGCCCGCAAGGUGAAUACAUUCCCGUGUACCUUCUCGUUGGAGGCGGCUUCGGGGUCAUCAAGCAGCUGCUGCACCUGUCGACGCGCGUGCGGACGCGUGAGGAGCAGGCCGCCGAGGAGAUGCGCCAGUCGUCCACGCAGAUGCUGCUCAACUGCUUCAUGCUGGGCUGGUUCAUCAUCGGCUCCUACUGGGUGUACAAGGAGUACGAGCCGAACUACGAUCCGGCAAAGGGGAAGUACUGCAACAAGUCACUGUACCUCUUCUCCUUCUGGCUCGUCACGUCCAUCUACAUCACCACCGGGCUCGUGCUCUUCGUCCUCUGCUUCAUCAGCAUCGCCAGUGUCAUCGCCAAGCGCCACGCGUGAGCGCGAUGAUUGAUAAAUCCGAACGCGCCUGUUCAAGGUUUGAAUUUCUUACCUGCAUUUACAAACUUUUCGAUGUUGUACCACAAAUUUAUGCCUAACAUUAAUGAUACAUCUGAGAAGUGAAGCACAAAUUCACAGAAUAACAAUUGAUCAGGGAUUUGAAGCAUACAUUUUGUCCAAUUGCAAAGAGAUAUUCUUAAUUGUAACUAUUUUAAUCACUGCCAAAAGUCUUGAUGGACAACUAUUUGGUGGUCAGAAAUACCAUGAAGAAUGAAUAUUUCCACACUGGAAUUUCUCAUGCUGCACAAAGUGCAUUGAAAUUGUAUGAAAAUGUAGUAAUUUUAAUACAAUUUCUUCAUUUGUCUUCAGCAGAAGUCUUGAAGACUGUUUAGAAGGAUAUUUCCUUAUCCGUUUUUUCGCUUUUUUUCCCAUUCUGAAUCACUCAGAAAUUAUUAGAAUCCUUCAAGAAAUAUUUAAUUGAGAUUCUAAAACAUCAGAAAUACUUUUUGUUUACAAUUUUCAUGCUGUUUAAAAUAAAUUACACAUUAGUUUUGCUCUGUCGAGUCUUUUUGAUGAGGAUUUCCUGAUUUAUUAAAGCUCUUCUCUCGAAAUGCUUUAUAAAUCUACUAUUAAAUAUGAUACACGCAAUUUUUAUGGAAUUCUCACACUUUUAAUGAGUGUUUUUGUCUUCUAAAAAUCAAAAAAACCAUUUGAUAUGGUUCUAAUCUGCGUACAAAACAAACGAAGCAAUAAUAAAAGAACAUUUCCGGUGCUUUUUAGCUGCUUUGGGUGCAAUAAAAGAUACUUUACUCCACUCACGCUAAAAUCAAUCCAACGUUGUUUCAUCAGGACUUUCGCAGUGACCCAAAAGAAAAUCUAUUAUAAGGAAAAUGGUCGAAUAUUGCACGUUAACAUUGUCUUUAUCUCUAAUUUCUGUGAUAAACAUAAGAUUAAUCGCCUAAUUGUGUUGAAAUCCAUAUCGGCCGAAUUGUUUUCACUGUAAAGUCUUUUCUACCUUUUAGUCUGUUGUGAAAUGUAAAAAAUUCUUGUUUCGUCAACCAACAUUAGGAGCCAUUUGUUUAGGAUUAUUAAGGAGGAAGUUUUGAGAAUAAAGAAUUUGUAAAGAGUU